GAUUUUACACCUGCCACCAUGGAUAAAGACAUGGAAAACAGAGACGAAUUCCCCAGGAGGCCGUGGGACACAGCCCGAGAGGUUCCCAUCAUAGAAGAUGAAAACACACCAUGGAAACUCAUCAAACUGUUGCGGCUCGUCACGCUCUGUGCAGUCGCUGUGAUCGUGUUUGGACUAGCCCUGUGCAGCAAGACGUCGUUCCUUCUCUUGAUCACCAUGUCGAGUGAAGGCACAAAGGUGAUCCCAGACGAGCAGAAGCCAGUGGCUCUGCUCUGCAUCGGCUGUGCCCUCAUCACCUCCAGUGUGCUCCUCUUCCUCAAGAGCAUCUGGAAGGCCUGUUAUAAAACCUCUAAGUUCCCUCGCGCCGCCACAAUUGCCCUGGUGUUCUUCUUUGAGCUCAUGGCCUCUGCAGGAGGAGCCAUCCUCACCAUAGUGGCCAUGCCACAUUUGGACAUUGUGACCAACGUGACCAUCUUGAAUGGAGCAGCCUUUCUGUCUGCGCUGCUGCAGAUGGUGGCUCAGUGCAAGGCCAAAGAGACGAACCGCUUCCUGGUGCCCUCCAUCGUCGGCCUUGUGCUCAUCAUCCUGGGCUACGCCCUCUUUGUGGCUCUGUACAUCAUGAAGGACCUCACUGACUUAAAGAUGGCCACGUGGGUGGGUUUGGCGGUGGGUGCCUCUCUGUUGGUGUCUUUUAACUGGUGGGAAAACUAUUUUGGACUGAUCAGUGAGCACAGCAGCUCCUUAGUGGUCAAAAGACUGUAUUAUGACAUGAGGAGAUGCCAGAACAUACUCAACAUGUUGUCCUGCCUGCUCCGAAUCGCUGUGACCGCCUCAGUGGUGGGAGCCUACGUCCCUCUGUCCCAGAUGGACUGGGACGUGGUCAGGUCCAUCCCAGCACUACAGACUCGGGUCAUAGCCAUCACUGUGGGGGUGCAGCUGAUCUCCUCUGCCCUGUGCCACUGGUUCUCCCUGGCGGCCUGUAAAAUGCACGCCAUGCGUCGCUGCUUUAUCCUGCCUCUGUACCUUGCCUCUCUGUCUGUCAUGGCUCUGCUGGUGAUCCCUGUGAUCGUCUACUAUCAGGAGUACAGGCUGAGCCUGAACGGCACCAGCACCAACUUCACUCACUACUGCAGUGUGGUGGUGGGGGCUCGAGACGGCAACCUGAGCUCCAGUGUGUUCCCUGAGCUGGUCUAUGAUGUCACCCACACACUCUGCUUCCUGGACAUGUCCAAGAUCAGCGACAUCGGCAUCCUCACCGGCUCUGCUGUGUCGUGGUGGCUCGGUCUGGUGCUCUGUACCGUUCACCUGUGGCACCUGAGUCUGUACCGCAUCCAGAGGACUCAGGACCUGUUUGUGCGGAGGAUGUAUGAGGGGGGCUUUAUAGAGCAGUCAUUGCUGCUCAACACACGCUUUGAAAUCAAGAUCAAAGACAAGCUCAAGACCACUAAAUCUAUGGAUCCUGCCAUGAUUUAUCUGUGUGCGACUAUGUGGCAUGAAACCUAUGACGAGAUGAUGAACAUCAUAAUUUCCAUCUUCAGAAUGGAUAAAUACAGACCAAGAGACAAUACAGAGUUUAACGACUUCAGCUUUGAAGCGCAUAUCUACUUUGAUGAUGCAUUUUUGGACGUAAAGGGAAGUCGAGGGCGUCACCUGAAUGAAUAUGCCAAGAAUCUAAUAGAAAUUAUAUCUGAGACUUAUGGCAUCUUCACGAACAUAGAUGAGAAAAUGUUCAUAAAGAAACAGCAACAUCCAAAACAGACGAUUAUUAACACGCCGUAUGGAGGUCGGGUCAUUGUUAAAAUGCCACAUGGGAAUCUUAUUUUGAUUCACUUUAAGGACAAAGAGCGCAUCCGCCACAAAAAGAGAUGGUCACAGGUUAUGUACCUUUACUACCUUCUGGGAUUCAAGCUUAUGACCAAAUACUAUGCUCUCUGGAAAAAGGGAGAUACUGAGGGCUCUCUAAAGAAGGAAAUCCAGAAAGAGAAGCACAACACGUACCUCCUGGUUUUAGAUGGGGACACAGACUUCCAGCCCACAGCGGUGGUCCUCCUCGUCGACCGGCUGAAAAUGUAUCCUCGAGUUGGGGCAGCGUGUGGCAGGAUUCACCCCACGGGAACAGGUCCAGCAGUGUGGUUUCAGAAGUUCGAGUAUGCCAUCAGUCACUGGCUGCAGAAGACCGCGGAGCACGUUUUUGGCUGUGUGCUGUGCAGUCCGGGAUGCUUCAGUCUCUUCAGAGCUGAGGCACUUAUGGACGAUAAUGUGAUGAAGAGGUAUGCCACCAAGUCCAUGGAGGCCAGCCAUUAUGUCCAGUACGAUCAAGGGGAGGACCGCUGGCUGUGCACUCUGAUGCUGAAACAGGGCUGGAGAGUGGAGUACAACGCAGCUUCAGACGCCUACACCAAUGCACCUGAGGAGUUUAAAGAACUCUACAACCAGCGCCGUCGUUGGGGUCCUUCUACUUUUGCCAAUAUUGUGGAUCUCUUGGGAUCAACCACAGCGCUUUCUAAAAGGAAUUCAUCCAUAUCCAGGCCCUUCAUGUUCUACCAGCUCUUUUCCUUGAUUUCAGCCAUUCUAGCCCCGGCCACCAUUUGUCUCAUGAUAGCAGGAAGUAUGUCUUUCAUGUUCAGGCUCCAUUGGAGCGUGGCCCUGGUUUUAGCUGUGAUCCCCCCUGCCAUUUACCUGGGCCUUUGUUUCAACUGAAAGCAGACACACAGAUCACAGUGGCAGCUCGUCCUCAGUAUCAUGUAUGCCUUCCUUAUGCUGGUGGUGGCUAUGGCUAUUAUUGGUGCAAUGGUGAAAGACAAAACCAUUUUUACUCCGAGCAGCAUGUUCGUCAUCGUCAUGGCGAUCAUAUACUUCACGACUGCGCUGAUGCACCCGCAGGAGUUCCCUCUGGUCUUCUAUGGCUUCCUCUACAUUAUCGCUCCCAGUGCCUAUCUGCUGCUCACCAUCUAUUCAAUGGUCAACCUCAACAAUGUCUCAUGGGGAACCAGAGAAACUAAACCUGCGCCAGGAUCUAAGUCUGAACAGUCUGCACCCAAAAACACCAAAGAGAAAGCCAAAAAUGCCAUGCAGCGUUUCGUCUCGUGGAGCCAAUGCUGCUGUAAAAAGUCCAGUCAGAGACCACAGAGGAGUUCAGUGCCCCAAGAGCCUGUGGUAGAGGCGGAGGUGGAGGAAGGACCCCAGAACACCAUAGUGGACGGCUACGUCGAAGAGGACCUCCGAAAUCAGCCAGUUUAUGACUACCCUUAUCAGUCCUGGCUGACAGAGAUGCAGGGUCUGUCCACUGACAUGGAACUUGAGGAGGGUUCUCUUGAAAAGGAAGAGGAGCAGUUCUUUAUUGACUUACAGCAGAAGUAUCUCGAACCUCUGCCUGUUGACAAGGCCAAACAGGAGAAGACCAAAGAAGAUCUAAAAAGCCUGAGAAACAAGGUAAACUUUGCGUUCUUCUUCCUGAAUGCCCUGUGGCUGGUGGCAACGUUCACCCUGCAGACUUUUGAAGUGGCCAUCUUUAUCGAGUUGCCAAAGGUCGGUGUGGAUUUGGAGAAUCUGGGAAACCUCAGAAUCGACCCCAUCGGAUUCAUGUUCAUCAUUGGAUUCUCUGCGUCGGUGAUCGUACAGUUUGUGGCUAUGCUCUUGCACAGACUCAACACGCUGAUCCAUUAUGUCGCCUUUGUGAACACGGCACCGAAAGCUGUCCCGAAAUCUGAAGAAUAUAUGCCACACAAAAAGAAGGAGAUUUCUCCCCCGUCCAGUAUUGAGUCUCGUUCUGACUACGGCUCUGAUACCAUCACCAUGUCGGAAGGGGACGAUGGUUCCGAAUACACGGACUACACUGACUGAGAGCUGAGGACGACAUGUUCCCCUAUAUUCCCACGAGGACCCCAGAUGACGGCCACUCUUGUCUAAACCUAAAUGGACAGUAGCACUUUAAAAUAUCCAGUUGUGUGAUAAUUUUAUACGUUAUUUAUGUUUACAAUUGUUGAUGUGUGAAUAAUGCUGUUUGAAUAUUCAUGGAGCACUUUUUUUCUGCAACCUCAGGGUUUAACACCUCGUAAGAUAUUUAUAUGUAUUUUAUUCAUGUGCCAAAUGAAGGAUCUUGUUGUAAUAGUAAAUCUGCUAUUGAAAACCACUGGUACAAAAUAAUGAAGUAAACAGCCUAUGUCAUAGUACUGUUGAUGAUGAUUUUAGUAUGAAAUGUAAAUUAUUAAUGGUGUACUACUGUAUGUACUAUUUCUCCUGGAGUGUAUGCACAUGCUUGUCUCCAGGGAGAUGUUAUUGCUUGGUCUGGAGUGUUCCACAGUAUGGCAUUAAACUGAUCUAUCCUCCAUUUAUAUAAUUACAGUUUUUUAGAGAGAUAUUUAAUGCUGUACUGUGGAACAUUCCAGGCAAAGCAACAUCAUCUUCAUGGUGAAAAAAGGUGGCGGACCCUCCAUGGCAAAAGUUAUAUAACCCUUUAAAAUGGACACUCACAGGGAAAGGGAAGAAUGAAGCUCAGGGUUUUACAUAGUUAUGAACAAAAUGUAAGUCUGUUAAUACAGUGUUAAACAAAUGUAAAUGAAUGUUGACGCUCCGAAGAUGAAAAUAAGAUGUAUUUACGGUUGAAUUCAUGUGCUUGAUGGAAUAACCUUUUGGAAGUAAAAAUGAAAAAUGAAACA